GCGCGGUGCGGGGCCCGCCGCCGCUCUAGUGUCGCCGCCGCCGUCGCUGCCGUUGCCGCCUCCCUACCGGCAAGUGUGGGAAGGAGGAGCUGAGGGCCGCCGCCGCCGCUGCCGCCAUGGGGAGGAAGUCAAGCAAAGCGAAGGAGAAGAAGCAGAAGCGGUUGGAGGAACGAGCAGCCAUGGAUGCUGUCUGUGCCAAAGUGGACGCCGCCAACAGGCUUGGAGACCCUCUAGAGGCUUUCCCAGUGUUCAAGAAAUACGAUCGAAAUGGGUUAAACGUCUCCAUCGAGUGUAAGCGAGUGUCUGGACUGGAGCCGGCCACCGUGGCCUGGGCCUUCGACCUGACCAAGACCAACAUGCAGACCAUGUAUGAGCAGAGCGAGUGGGGCUGGAAGGACCGGGAGAAACGCGAGGAAAUGACGGAUGACCGAGCCUGGUACCUCAUUGCUUGGGAAAGCAGUUCGGUCCCUGUUGCCUUUUCUCACUUCCGGUUUGACGUGGAGUGCGGGGAUGAAGUCCUGUACUGCUACGAAGUGCAGUUGGAAAGCAAGGUGCGGCGGAAAGGCCUGGGAAAGUUCCUCAUCCAGAUCCUGCAGCUCAUGGCCAACAGCACACAGAUGAAGAAAGUGAUGUUAACUGUAUUUAAGCACAAUCAUGGCGCCUACCAGUUCUUCCGAGAAGCGCUGCAAUUCGAGAUCGAUGACUCUUCCCCCAGCAUGUCUGGUUGCUGUGGAGAGGACUGCUCCUACGAGAUCCUGAGCCGGAGGACCAAGUUUGGGGACAGCCAGCACUCCCAUGCGGGCGGGCACUGUGGCGGCUGCUGCCACUGAGCUCCCAAGCUAGAAUGCUCUCUCCAAGGCCUGUCCUCUCCCUGGGCUCACGUUACUGGCCAGGUGCCCUCAGAGCUGUGGCCUCCUCAGCCCUGCGCGUGCCCGGCUGCAGCCUGAGCGCACAGAACCCUGGAGUGGAGCGGCCCGAGCCGCCCGUCCUCCACCCUCCUGGAAGGACAGUGUGCGCUGAAGGGGCAGAGAGGAGACGUGCUGAGGGAGGGGCUGGCGGAGGCCGGGCACGACGCGGACCCUCGCACAGCGGCUGCCUUCUCGCUCGGCCCUUGUGCCCUCGAGCACGAGGUGCCCCAGCUGCUCUGCAGGUGGAUUCCUGGCGCAGACCCUCCCCUCCCCCUGCCACACACACACUUGGACAAAUGGGCUGUUUUAUACCUAUCUUUAGAAACGUCCUGGAGCCCCGCGUCAGGGUCUGGCUGGUCCCCAACGAGGACUGGACCAGGGGCAGGCUCUGGACGUAGAGCCCGGCUUCGGAGGGAGUCCGGUUUGUAGCCGAGUGCUCUGAUGGAGAUCGCGGGAAGGUCUCCUGUGCCACAACACUGGGAGGCCAGGGAGCUCUUUGUAGCUGUGCUUCUGUGGACCGACACUUAGUGUGGAGGCAUCCCAGGGGACCGGCCCUGUAGGAGGAAGGUUCCAUCCAUCUCUGCCUGGUCGUCGAUGGGAGGACCAGGAACAAGGUGUGGCUGGGGGUGGGGGGGUUCCCCCCGAGGAAGAGAGUUGCUUCUCUGGGCUUCCGGACUUUGCUGCAUUCUAGCCGAACCUCUUGAUCUGGCAGUGACUUGAGCUGUCCCGUCACAGAAACAAGCCAGAGGUCCUGCCAGUUCCUCUCUGUCGCCCCCCUACCACUUGUCCUCCCCCGACUCACCUCACCCAGUACCUCUGUUCUUACUCUCAAGGGGAAGAAUUCCAUUAGGGAGCCCUUCAUCUUUCCCCAGAAGGACCCCUAGGGUUCCCAGCCUCUUCAGUGCUGUUGCCUCUCAUAUCUUGGUGCUGAUCGCUCUCUGAGGGGGGCACAGCCCUCCCUUUGCAGAGAGCCCCCAGCCAGCAGCAGGCCCCACUGCCUGCACUCCCCAGCCUUGCCCCUCGCUGCCUCAGUGAGGCCUGGUGCCACCGCCCUGGCUGGCAGCCCCCUGGCUGCGGCAGGAAUGCCUCUCGGUGGCCAGACCGCUGCUCUCCUCUCUCCAGUGUCCCCCUGUGGCCGCGGACUGGAGCAGGGCAAGAAGGCCUUCCUCUUAGCUCCCGGGAUGGGGAGACGGUGGGGGGGGUCAGAGCUUACACUUGCCCUGGUCUCGGGGCCUUGUGUCCCUUCCAGGGAAGAAAACGACCAAAUCCUUAUCCAGGAGAAAGUACCUGCCGCCUCCCUUUGGACAUCCUUGAGCCCUGCUUUAGGGAGUGUCUUAAAGGUUCUAGCCUUUGUGGAGUUGCGCUCUUGGAGGUCUGUCUGUUCCGACUUCAGAGUCUGCCCAGACCCCACACUCUGCCCUGACUCAGGUGGUCUCUGCUGGCGGGUCUCCCCAGAGCUGAUCUUCCCGACCUUCCUGCUCAUGCAGGGGCCUGUGCGCCCAGCCUCCCCCGCCCAGCCCGGCCUUCCGCAGAGUGCUGUGCCUGUGCCAUGCUGUUGACCCCGCAGGCAGCAUGCGACAGGGCACUCCCUCAGAGAAGGCCUUGCAGCUUUCCACUGGAGUAAGCCCGUCUCUGCCCCUGCCUUCCGCCUCCCAGGGGAUUCUGUGGGGGGAGGGGUGGGGGGCAUUUUAAAUUGCCGGGAGGGCAUUGGUGGGCUCCUUCCAAGAAUCAUGGAAUGACAGAAGCAUGUUUAGGAAUUUUUUUUUUCCUUUGAUCCCUGUCUGUUGACACAGAACAGAUAAAUAUUUAUUGUCUUAGAUCAUGGAUUUCUGAUACCUCCCACUCAAGGGGAUCAAAAGGAACCCCACUGUAAAUUCCUCAUAAGGUGAGUUCAGUGUAUGUUGUUUUCUCUGCGCUCGUCGGAUACCUGCCCACAAGCCCACCGGCAGAUGGAGGGCUCAGUGCCUCACCUGCUCCUGCAGCCUCUGCCGCCCCUUUCUGGGCGGCUCGGGGGCCCUCGUGGGGGCAGGAGACCAGCAGCUCCCUGUGUUUUGGUGUUGGGCCCGUUCACGUCUCAGACAUCCAUCUUUCUUCACUUCCCCAGGUCUUGGUUUUGAGAAACAGAGCAGGCCUUUUGUUCCCUGGCUGUUUUGUGUGUUUUGUUUGGGGCAUGUUAAAAUAUUUUUUAAGAUUUUUUUUUUUUUUUUUUUAGUUGUAUUGACUCUAUUUCAGGCUAUUUUUGUUGAUGUCAAAUGUGUGUAUGACAUGUAUAUGGUUCUUUUUAACCCUUUCUGGGUUGGUUUGUUUGUUUGUUUUUUAGAGGAAAUUGAAGAUAAACUCCUUGAUAUAUAUUUUUUUUUCUUUAGCAACUUCUUAUCACUGGAAUCAAAGGGAAAAGUGAUCUCUUUUUGCAUUGGUUGUAUUUGUAUGUCACAAAUAAAAGACACUUUGUUCAGCUGC